GGCGCCGAGCAGGUGAAGACGCUGCCCCGUUGGGCGGCUGCUGGGUUCUUCUCCAGCCGCGGGUCUGACCCGGGACGCACGAGCCUUCUUCCUUCGCCGCCAGAGCCCGGCGCCCUGCUGUCCGCCCCGAGGCACCUCAGACCUUGCACCUCGGCUCUGGUCCCGCCUCGGCUGUGCAGCCCGCCUGCCCCCGGCAGCCCCGCGGGUCCCCGUCUGCUCCGCGCCCGGAGAAGGGGGCGGCCGCGACGCUCAGGUGCUGGGAAGGCGCGGCCUCCGCGGGGCGGGGAGCUGUCCGAGGUGCUGACGGCCUCCAAGGCUGCUGUCCCCGCCGCGCGGAGUCAGCCUGGCCGCCCUCCCUCCGCUGCCUCACCCCCAUGCCUUGGGCAAGACUAAUUUCAGGAUCGUGAAUGUCUCUCCGUACCAUGGCCCACGUGAGACGCUUUCGGACAUUACUUUCGGGAUUUCGCUUCUGGGAAGCAGCCCUGCUACUCAGCUUGGUUGCAACAAAGGAAACACAUAGUGCGAGGUCUCGAAGUGUUCCCAUGUCACCUUCUGACUUUCUGGAUAAAUUAAUGGGGAGGACAUCGGGGUACGAUGCGAGAAUCAGACCCAAUUUUAAAGGCCCUCCUGUUAAUGUCACAUGCAACAUAUUCAUAAACAGCUUUGGUUCCAUUGCUGAGACAACUAUGGAUUACAGAGUGAACAUCUUUCUUCGUCAGAAAUGGAAUGAUCCCCGCCUGGCAUAUAGUGAAUAUCCUGACGACUCUUUAGACCUAGAUCCUUCCAUGCUGGACUCCAUUUGGAAACCCGAUUUGUUCUUCGCCAAUGAAAAGGGUGCCAACUUUCAUGAAGUUACUACAGACAACAAAUUGUUAAGAAUUUUCAAGAAUGGAAAUGUUCUUUAUUCAAUAAGGCUGACAUUAACACUCUCCUGUCCAAUGGAUCUCAAGAAUUUCCCAAUGGAUGUACAAACAUGUAUAAUGCAACUGGAAAGUUUUGGGUACACAAUGAACGACCUCACUUUUGAAUGGCAAGAUGAGGCGCCUGUACAAGUGGCGGAAGGACUCACUCUGCCCCAGUUUCUGUUGAAAGAAGAGAAAGAUUUGAGAUAUUGCACUAAGCAUUACAACACAGGGAAGUUUACAUGUAUAGAAGUGCGGUUUCACCUUGAACGACAAAUGGGAUACUAUCUGAUCCAGAUGUACAUUCCCAGCCUUCUGAUCGUCAUUCUAUCUUGGGUUUCCUUCUGGAUCAACAUGGACGCCGCUCCAGCCCGGGUGGCCUUGGGAAUAACCACUGUGCUGACUAUGACCACACAGAGUUCAGGGUCACGGGCUUCCCUACCCAAGGUUUCCUACGUCAAAGCUAUUGACAUUUGGAUGGCCGUGUGCCUCCUUUUCGUGUUUUCAGCACUUCUGGAAUAUGCAGCUGUAAAUUUUGUAUCCAGACAACACAAAGAACUUCUGAGAUUUCGACGAAAGAGAAAGAAUAAGACAGAAGCUUUUGCAUUGGAGAAGUUUUACCGUUUCUCAGACACGGAUGAUGACGUUAGGGAAAGUCGAUUCAGCCUCACAGCCUAUGGAAUGGGACCCUGUCUGCAAGCGAAAGACGGUGUGACCCCAAAGGGCCCAAACCGUCCCGUCCAGGUAAAGCCGAAAAGCCCUGACGAAAUGAGGAAGGUUUUUAUCGACCGGGCCAAGAAGAUUGAUACCAUCUCCCGAGCCUGCUUCCCGUUAGCCUUUUUGAUUUUUAAUAUUUUCUACUGGGUUAUCUAUAAAAUUCUUAGGCAUGAGGAUAUUCAUCAGCAACAAGAUUAAGUCUCUGGGGGUGUGCAAGUGUAAACAGUCAAUUCAAAGAAAGCUUUACUGCCAUAGGUAUUGUGUGCACGUGUGCGUGUGUGUGGGCGUGGUGUAUAAAUGACCACUGUAUUAAAAUGGCACGUGGGAAGGUAUUAGUAUGAUUUGCUAUGCAAAGUCAUGAGACAGAUUAAGAUUCUUUUAAAGGACGCAAAUAAUAUAUAGGGAUUCUAUUUCGUGUUAAUUUAAAGUUAUCUGUUCUUUCAUAGUAUCAUAAAAAUGGAGUAUUAAUGCCGUAUGUUUAUAUGUAAUUUAGUAUCACUUAUUAGUACCUGUGAAAACUACUUUGCAAUUUGUUUUUUAAUUCAAUGAUAUUAUGUCUUACAAAAGUAAAAUUUGCACAACAAACUUUAUAAAAAGAAGAAGGGGAAAUAUUGAAUAUAGAAAUCAGUUACCUUGAGGCUUUAAAAUAUUUUCUUAUACUGUAGUUACAAAAUAGAAAAAGAAUCAACUAAUUCAGUGGAAAACUCACUCAAAAGGAAUAGAGAUUGUACAUCCAAAUAUUAUGGGACCAACUUACAAUAGGCAAUAACAAUAAAUUUCAAACUAGAAGGUUAAAAUUAAAAAACUUCUAUUGUUUGUUUAUAUACUAAAUUUAAUUGUUUAGAAUAUUAACUUUCCCUCUUUGGAGAGUUUAAACAAAUGACUUAAGAGGUCAUAUUAUAUUUUUAAAAAUCUACUUUUGUUAACUCUGUAUCUCUAUGAAUGAAGGUGGAAAUACUGAAAACAACAUUAUUAUUUUUAAAUAAGUGUUGUAGUGAUUAUGCAUUGCCAAACACUGAAAUGUCUAGCCAGCACCCUUAUUUCAUUAGAUUUUUAACAGCUGCUUAACUGUCAGUAUGUAAUUAGGUUUAAUGUUUUGAUAUAAUUGAACCAAGUUCACUAAGACUUUUAUAUGUUAGCUUAGAAUUAGGCUUUAAAAUUCAGUGGGAUUAAAGUAUUUACAUUUUGAUAAAAAUGAAUUUAAUGAAAACAAAACUGGAUUUAUGAAAGAUUUUUUAAUAAGAACAGUUUCCCAUCACAGUUAUAUGGAUUCAAACUCCUAGCUCCAAACAUAAGGAGGGAAGAUUUUAAUUCUUAAUUAUAUAAAUAAGUCAUUUCUACAAAGUGAGGAUUGGUUGUUUUUAUACUUCUGAAUUAAUUGUUUCAAUAUGUAAGCCUUUCACUAGAUGUGAAUAACUAAAUAAAAUUUUUACUUAAAAUUUAUCAGCAACUCAGCAGAAUUAUUCCAAUUACAGUGGACAUUCAUUCAUUUCACACACUGUAAUGAAGGGCAACUAUGUGAUAGAGUUCUUGGCUAAAUAGAAACAGAUUCUGAUUCUUUUUCAGUUUUGCUAGUUUUGCAUUAUUUUUAUCAUUAAUGUUAUAUUUUUAAAAGCUCUAGAGUGCUUUUAAGAUACGUCUAAUUAUUAGUUAGAUUUGCUAAAGGGGAACUCAGUGUAUUGAAUUAUUGACAGAGAAAAGUUUAGAACAAUUAUCAUCUCAGAUUAAAGAAAUGAAAAUUAGCCAGUUCUCGAACCCCAUGGAAUUAUUUUCCAACCUUUAACCACUCUCAAGUGAAAAGCAAGAACUGCCAUUUAAAGCUAAAAUUUCUCAAUGUUAUUGAACUAUAGUCUAUCCAAUUGCAGUUUUUAAAAAUAACUUAAAAAAAUAUCUGUUCAGCAAUUUUUGCUACUAAAAGAUGAAAUUCUCCUUUAUAAGCAAUUUAAAACACUAUUAGGAAAAAACCAUCAUGUUGGCAUUAAAUGUAAAUUCCAAGACUGAAAUAAAUUACUGCUAUGUCCUUACUAAUUUUAAGGACUAUGUACCCAAAAGUUAAACAUACUCUUCUUCAUUUGGUAUGUGUAAACCAAAACCGUGAAAAUAUAUUCUUGUUGGAACAAGAUAUGUUGUUUGUGUUCUCAGAAGAUAAGCUGGGCCAUUUGAAGUAAUGAUAAACUACAUUGUCUCAAUAUGUCUCUGAAAUACUUGAAUGCAUUUUUCUAUACUUCACAUGUCAUUUCAAAAGUCACCCAUCAUUGCUUACAUUAAGUGAAUUCUUCUAGGAGCAAACAGAAAAAUAAUGAACUUAUGCCCCAAAAGAAAUUCAUGGAUCUCACUUGUUCUCAUAUUUAAGAAUAAGAAAAAUGUCUCUUUUUUAAAAAUCUGAGACUUGGAAUAUGAAAACAUUAGCCAUGAGCCAACUUGUCAGCAGGGGAGUUGGUCUGGUAGAAAUCUCUCCAUCUCAAAUGUACAGCACUUUGCUUAAGUAUAGAUACUUAAUCAUCAUCUUACUCCACUAAGAAAAUACUUUGACAGCCAUCACCCAUAUGGCAACAGAGACGAGGCAAAUAUGGCUGAAUCAAAAAUGUUGAAAGGACUAUGUCCCCUCUAAUGAACUCUACAGACCCUUUGAAACUGGAAACUACAUUGCAAUUAGGAUUCCAAAGUAGCAUUUGCCUCCAUAAGCCCUCUGACAAACCCUAAUAUUUCAAGUUAGACCAACCAGGAAACUAUUAACGGUGAGAAAAUAAAAAUUCAUGUAUUUACCUGAACUAUCUACACAUAAAUUGGAAUUCUAAUAUGGAUAUCCUGAAGUAUUUUGAAAUAGCCACAUUAGAAAGCUUGUAACUUUUGUACAGUUUAUUUUACUUUUUUUUAUAAUUAUGUAUCUUGACCAUUGAAAUACAUAGUUUCAUAGUAUAUGACUUUAUAGGAAACUUUGUACCUUAGAAUAAGAUACUUUAUCCAUCUCUUUCUUUCACAGCCAUUAGAAUUAGAGUUGAACUAUAUGGGACCUAGAAGUUUCUAGGCUAUGUAAAAUACAUUCCAGAAAACCAAGGGUUUCUAAAACUUCUGCAACCUUUCCAGAUGUUUCUCCAUGGCAGUUACUCACCUGGAGUGUUCAUCAACUCCUAGUUGCCUGAUUUAAGGGGCCAUUGUGACUACUUAUCCUAUAAUCAAUUCUUAUUCUAUGAAUAUAAUCUAAUAACUUUGACCUUAAUUUUGAAUUAUAAAUGCUUUAAAAUCUAUAUAUCCCUAUAUUGGGUUUGUGAAUUCCCAGGAUCUUAUAGAAGAUAAUGACAAUUUUAGAGGAAAAUAAAGAAAACAUAAAUAAGUCAACAUGUUUAACAGAGAGAACAAGUUGUUAACUACUUUAGCACUCUUUACAACUUAUGUUGUUGUGAUUUUAAGAGAAAAAUGGGUGUAUCUUCUGUACUAUACACCCCCUUUUCUAAAUAUCUUUCACCCCAUUUUUAAAAAUACACUUUUCUCUUCUUACUGUAAUAUACCUCAACCUUCUAGUCAUUUCUGGGAACUAUUAUAUUGGCAGCUAAAACUCCCCUUUUGUCUAUAAAGUACACCACACAUGAAAUGAACUUGAGGGAAUAUGGGCUUUCCAAUAUUAAAAGUAGAAAAUAUUCUCAGUAUUAAAAGUAGUAAAUUGGCAAGACUGAAAUUCAUAACAACCCUAAGAACCACUUAGAGCCCUCUGAGAAUGAAAAUGUGCCACCGUCCUUAGACCCAUCAACCAUUAACAAUAUUUGGGGUCAUGUCUCCUACUCUAAAACAGAUUUCACAUACUUUGCAACAUAGGUAACAGCAAAAACUCUCAAAAUUUAUUAGCCUUUAUCAUCUGUAUUUUUUUAAUCUAGUUGACACUGAAUUAGUAAAGGAAAGAAAGCCUCUCCAAGUACACAGUAUAAACAUAUACAUAGUUGCUCAGUAUUUACUGAUACCAAGAAGGCAAAGACUAUAAAAUAAUGGACCUGAUUAAAACACAUUAAAAGAAUAAGUAUGCUUUCCACCCACAAAGCAGGCCCAGUUUUAACGGUCUAUCCAAAGCAAAUAUAAUCAAUAGAAAUAUGACCUGUAAUCAUUAUCUUAGUUCCCUGAGGAGAUGAGUCAGGAACUGUCUCAGUGACUCACAAUAUUGUUUUCAUCUUUAUAAUUGCAAACUUGUCUUUUGAAUUGUACUCACCUAUAAGUACAGUUAUAACAACUACAUUUUGCCUGUGAAUCUGGGUUUCAGUUUUUGAACUACUAAUUUUAUUACAACUAUGCUUGGCUUCUCAGUCACAUGCUAGUAUAGAGAUACUGGAACUUUUAGCACAAUUAUUGACACAAUAAGCUCCAACAGACUAUAGACAAAAUUUGCACUAUUAGUGGCUGGCUUAUUGUGCAUUUCAGAGAAUUUAGUUGCAAGAACUGCACCAUUUCUUUAAGUGACGAAUUUCAGGACUGCUUGAAAUUGUACCCCAAAUUGCCUAAUCUACUCAAGCAAAAUGAAAGAACUUUGCAGUUUUUCAAAUAAUUUUGACAAGACCACUUUCUUUAGCUGAACAUAUCUGAAUAACGGUCAGGGAAAGAUAUAACCACGAAGAUUAGAACUUGAUAAAAGACUGAAAUUUUGAAUAGAGUGACAACUGAAUCUUCUCCAAGAUGCCUUCGUAAUUGCUUACUAUAUCCUCUAGUUGGAGCCAGAACACCAUUCAGAGCAGUGAAUACAUAAUCACGUCCAUCUCGUAAUCUUUAACCAGUUUCCAUGACAUAUUUUAGACCUUGAAGUUUAUCAGCUCAUCCCUUUGACAUUUUAAAAGGAUCCUAAAAAUGAUUAGUAGAGUCACAGCUGGUCGCUAUAAGACAAUCUGCUGAUUUUUAAUACAGUAUUUUAGAAAAUGCACUGUAUGGACACACAGAUUGAGUGCAAAUAAAAUACUCAUUACAUCAGUUGCAUUUUUAUUCUUUUCCAAGCUGUGACUCUGGGAGCUCAACCCGGCUGACUUCAGCUCAGAUCCACGUGUCAUCUUGCUCCAGGAGCCAGGGUUGCAGGAACAGCCACUCUGUAAGGCGUGCUGUCCUCAUGGAGGAAGUCAGGGCUGAAAGGUGCCCCACCAAACUACAAAAUUAAAGCUUCUGCUCACAUGUGCACAGUCAGUUCCUCAACAGAGACCCUGGUUCCUAUCUUCUUGUUCACAUAAUGCAAAGAGAAGGAAAACGUAGCAAUUCCAUUUUAUUCUCACUGUUAUAUAAAAUAUUCAUGAACAAAUAAGCAGCAUACUCUAUGAAUCACAUUCACUUAAUUAUCUUUAACAUUAAGCUCUUACACCAGCCCUCACUGGUAUCAAAAAGUGAACUUCCAUAGGGAGUCAGCUGUUAUGCUCAUUACUUAAAAAGUAAAGUGAUGCUUAUUCUGCCAUAACAGAGAUGCUUAGUGCCCAUGCGUAAAAUAUAACUCCCUGGGAAUGGAAAAUAACUAGGCAGGGGAAAUGUUCUGGAGAUGCUUCUCCCAGAAAUGGGACCAAAAUGUAAAGAAAUCCUGAGCUAAUAGCUAGGAUCCUCUUAGUCCCUUUUUCUUCUACACUUUCCAUAUUAAUACUGUCUGUAUCUCUUACGUUUUCCCUGUCUUGCACACACACACACACACACACACACACACACACACACACACACACAAUUAUAUGAUGCUAGUGGGAUACAUUCCUUCAAAUUAGAAAUACAAAAGAAGUCAGCUUUUAUAGACAGUUACAUAGUUCUGUGAUAGGUUUUGCAAUGCAAGUGAUCCCCAGUGGGAAAUAUCAGCAGUGCAGUCAUUUGAAUUGGCCAUUUUUUAAUGAUGAGACCAUCAUGUUUUGCUUCAACAACAUAUGAAUGAGGCUGCAUGGGUUAAAUCUUUCUCCAACUAUUACCGAAAGAAUUCUAAAACAUUACUUGGACUGUCUUUGAAGAAUGGCUAUUUGUCAAACACUUCUUCUAAGAGACACACAGCAAUAACUAGUAAUACUGGGUGCUUUGUAGUGUCUUAGGCACUUAUCUCAGUAUUUUUUAUGGUUCACACACAAACCAAAUAAGAGGAGAACUUAAAAGGUGGUGGAGUAGUACUUUAAAAAAAUUAGUGUUUCUGACCCCUGGCUGUACAUUCGAAUCCCAUAUGCAUUUAAAAAAAUACAUACAUGCUGGUGGUGGUCAACAUAGAAGAUAUGAUUCAAUCGUUGAUUGAACAAAUAUUCCGCAAGAGCCUUUUACAUAAUUGCCACUGUUUUAAGUGCUGAAUUCAGUAUGUUUAGAGUAAGAUAUAAAAUUCUAGGUUAUUAAUAAAUUUACAAGUGAAAACAAUUGACAUGAAUGCACGUAGUCCUAAUAAAACUUAGUUUAACACUGGGAGUUUUAUAACUUUUUCUUUCUUCAAAUUCAGUUUAGCCAUCUCUCAAUGAAAACCUUGAAUUAAAAAUAAACUUUGACGUGCUUCUGAUCAGCUUUCCUCCCAACAUGAGAAUCUUAACCAUCAUAAUUCCUUUCCUGGUAUGAAAUUAUCCACAUACUCCUAAAACUCGUAGAGCAACCGGUGCCUCGUUACUUUGAAGGUAGGCUAUUCCAUCAUGGCAUAGCUCUAAGUAAUAUUUUUUUAAGUUUAUUUUCAUCAAGAAAUGACUUUUACUUCAUAGAUUCCAAAGAAAUCUACUCCAUUCCCUUAAGACAGUGUGUGAUAUAUUUUCUGUCUGCUGCCCAUGUUUAGACUGACUCAAUAAACUUUUUUCCACCCCUUACCACUAGCUUUAGUAUUUAAGCUAUUCGUAAAUGCACUUUAGGUGUUAAACAAUGAUAAGAUGUUUUCAGGUUUAUAAAAUAAUCAAAUAUAAAAUUGUCUAUGUAGAGAAAGAGAAAUAUAUUUUAAAAUUCUAUGUAAAUCAUAUGCAGUAUUUACAGUAUUAUGACAUGGAAUAUAAUUUAGCAAUAAUUUUAAAUUCAGUAUUUGAAAAUGAAGCUCCUAUGAAGAUAAUAUAUAGAAUCCCACAAAAUAAUAUGAAUUUAGAAAAAGUCUAUCAACCAAACAUAAUUCAUAUUUUUAGAAUAAAGCUAUAAUAAAAAUAUAAUGAAUUCAGUUGUUUUAUUUUAAUAGUUUCUUUUUCUCUGGGGGAGUUUUUGCAAAGGUGCCUUGGGGCAGCCCCAGUAAUGGACACUUUGUGCAGCCUGGCUUGUGAAUGGAAAGGAGGAGCUAAGGAGCUGAGGGUUAAAGGCCA